AUGCCAUUCUCUCAGACACUGGUCAGCGAAACGAACUUCUUCGUCUUGAAUGACCCUAAUAUCUUUCCCGACCCUGAGGUCUUCGAGCCUGAAAGAUGGAUGCGCGCUACAGCCAAGGGUGAACGACUUGACCGCUACUUGGUAAAUUUCUCCGAAAGGCUCGCGAAUCUUCUGGCCUACGCCGAGCUGUUUAUGACAAUCGCAACGCUUGUUCGAAGUUUUGAUUUGGAGAUAGAUGAGAAUUCGAAGAAGCAUCUCAUGUUUGUGCGAGACUAUGGGACUCCAUACCCUGAUGAGGGUGUUCUCAGCCUGCCUGUUAAAGUUACGGCCAGUAUUGAUUGA